GAAAGUUCAUCGCGUUCGGUAGGACGAUCGGCAAAAAAAUGGAGGAAAUGUCUACAUCAACCUUCUCAAGCAUUACCGGUGCCCCUUCGUAUAUGACUAAACAGUACACACCGUUGGCGAGCACGUUUCGUGAACACAGUGAGAAAUUCCCAGAUAACCAUCUUCCAGAGCCAAACAGUGAAGCCAUUGUUAGUGCUUUGAUGGCCCUGCAAAACAAAAUUCAUGGCCUGGAAUUAGAAAAGCAAAUGAUGACAACUUCCAUUCCCGAUGAACCAAGUGUGUGUGGAAAAAUGACCCAUUAUCCAGAGAGUACAUCUGAAUCAUCUGUUGCCCUUGCCACUGAACAUGACUUGCAAAUGAAAUUCAGCAACGAGUUUUGUAAAGACGUUGAUGAUAUGGAAACUGAACUUUGUGAGGGUCUCACAAACAAACAGCAAGGGAAGGCAAAACGGCAGAGGCGAAAAAUUACGCAGAAAGAGGAUAUUUCCGCACACCAUAUACCAAGAUCGCUACAGAAAGCUAGAAAACAUACAAAAUCAACAAGAAGAAAAAGUGAGCAGGUUUUGUAUUGUAAAUGUGGAGCCGAAAGUGGUCUUGAACAAUGCCAUCACUGCAGACCUAUUCCAGGCGUUCACUACAGGAUGAAUUUGAGAGACGUUCCAUUUCUCCUCACUGCUAGCACUUCUCCAUCGCACUCAAUUACAGCCAACUACCAGCAAUUACUUGCGUCGAUGAAGUGUCACAAUGGAUUAUUGUGUGGUGCUGCUGCUGCUGCUCAAAAGAAGAAGACAAACUGUUUCAAGUCCGUGACUGCUAUGAAGGCUCUUCUUAAGUCCCUUGAGGAGGAGUUUGGUCGGCUUACAUUUGAGCAUCAGGAACUUGCACAGAAGUUGACAACAAGACAACCAGCUGCUUUUGGAUUAAGUGAGGAGCAGCUACAGCAUUUGGCUGAUCAGAUGGAAUUGAAAACAAAGCAAAUUGGCAUUGUAUCCAGGCAGCUCGGAGCAACAGCUAAUUCUCGUAUAGACCGUCCUUCUACAAGUGUUCAAGUUACAUGUUCCAGAGAUGCAAAUGUAAAAUUUCUUCGAAGAAUAAAAGACAUUAAAACAACACUACAGGAAAAUGACCUUAGUUGGGAUUAAACACUCAUUACUUGUGCUGCAUUAGUUGUUUUUUAUAUUUUUCAACCUCCACACCUUCCCAAUGUCUUUGUUUCAGUGGAGAAAAAUACUUCUUGAUGAUACAGUCUCUAACAUGUGCUUCAUGCUUGGUAAGGGGGUUCAGUGUAGCAGCUAUGUUGUUUCCGACAGUGACAUCAUCGUUCAUACUUACGAGUGUGGUUGUAAUCUCUUUGAAAGAUGUUGAAAAAUUGAUUGCAAGUUGUGCAAUAUCCACACCUUGCUCCUGGCAGAACUCCAUUGCUUUGGCACAAGCUGAUUUUAUAUCAGCGCUUGCAGGAUGCCAGGGCUAGUGUGUGUGUGUGUGUGUGUGUAUGCUGCAUAAAUCUUGAAUAACAGACGCUAGAGCUAUGUACAUACCAAUUACACUCCUUUACACUUGCAAUACCAUAAUAGCUGCACAUUUUUUGUAGGGUUCAAAAUGGAGAUUACUUUUGCGUAUCACCAUGAUGUCUGGUAAUGUGCACACAAACUAAAUAUACCAGGGUUACUCUUUCAAAAAUUCCUGUAUCCCGCUUUAGGUAACUUUGUAUGAAUAUACCUGAACACCGUUAGGUGUUAGUAAUCCCAUUCCAAUAGGGCUUGCAUUGAUUAACCCCACAUUUCUUGAGUUAAAAUAAUGAAAAUGAUCGAUUAGUGAUGUAUCGUUUAAUGUGAGCCUACAGUAGCUCAAAACACAGUCAAUAGGGAUUGUGCUUUCCUCGGUUAUUUUCCUUAAUAUAGAGAGAGGAUAGCCUGUUAUUCCAAUAUAUCUGCAGAGCCCUUGAUCUUUUAGUCGCUGUAGUGCUGGUAAUGUCUCAUGCAAAACUGUAGCAAUAGAUGGUGCAAAUUCCACAUCAUGAAUUUGUAAUAUAUCAAUGUGGUCCAGUUGUAAACGUUUUAAACUCUCAUAAGCACUCCUAUUAACAGUUUCUGCUGAAAAGUCAAACAUAUUGGGGUAAUCUUGCUCGUAACGACACACUUUAGUGCUAACAAUGAAAUUUUCUCUCUUAAUGCCGCGAAGUGCUCUUCCAAGAAAUAACUCCGAUUGACCUUGGCCGUACCAGUAGGCUGUAUCAAUAUAAUUUACUCCUCUGUCUAGUGCUUCUUUCACAGCAUGUGUUGCUGUCUCCUGAUUAUAGUUUCCAUACACGUUUCCAAAUCCGGAACCACCCAUUCCAAGGAUAGACAGUUUCAAGCCUGUCCUUCCCAGUAGUCGGAAUUUCAUUUAUACUGAAUGUCUCUUGUUUGGAUCAACUUUAAAAAUGCGUACCUGUAUAGAAAACAUGGCUUGCUGCAUCAGUAAAGGCACAAACAUUCUAAUUCUUGGUAGUCCGCAUCUUUUUUCUCUUGGCAUCACAUGGUCUAUUGUUACAUGCGUCAUCAACGAGGUAG